GCGCUGUCCGACCUCCUUCUCGGCCCCGCCCGCCCCUCCUCGUGCUGCGGGCGGCCCCUCUGCCGGCAUACGUCCAUGGACCUGGGCGCCCUCUUCGGUGGCAGCAGCGCACCCGCCCGGCUGCUGAUCGAGCGGGACCAGUUCGUGCUCGACGGGCAGAACUUCACCGUGCGGGCUGGCUGCGUCCACUACUUCCGCGUGCAUCCCGACCUGUGGGAGGACCGGCUGGCGCGGAUAGCGGCGCUCGGUCUGAACGCGGUGCAAACCUACGUGCCGUGGAACUACCACCAGGCGUGGAACGCCAGCAGCCUCGGGCCCGCCCGGGUCGACCUCGACUCGCCCUCUCGCGACCUGCCUCGCUUCCUGCGGCUGGCGCACGGGCUCGGGCUGCGCGUGGUGCUGCGGCCGGGCCCGUACGUGUGCGGCGAGUUUGAGUUUGGCGGGCUGCCGGCCUGGCUCCUCCGCGACGGCCCCAUCGAGCUGCGGACCGACGCAGAGCCGUACAUGGGUCACGUCGAGCGCUGGUGGGGCGAGCUGCUGCCGCGGCUGCGGCGAGAGGGGCUGAUGCUCGACGACGGAGGGCCAGUCAUGCUCGUGCAGAUCGAGAACGAGUACGGCCACUUUGGCGACGUGUCCGAGGUCGAGGCAGACCGCCGCUACCUCGAGCGCCUCGCCGACCUCGCGCGACGCCACCUCGGCGACGGCGCGCAGCUCUUCACGUCGGACCCGGACGACCUCGCAAAGCUCACGCGCGGCACCCUCUCGCCCUCCGCCUCUCGCCUCGGCUCCGAGGAGCGCCGCCCCCCCACCUCACGCUCUGAGAGGAGGAGAGGGCCUCACGCUCUCCCGCCGCCGAGCCGUCGCCGCUCGUCGCAGGUGCUCACGACGGUGGACUCGUGCGACGUGCCCGAGGACGCGUGGGCCGCGCAGCGCAGCUUCAACCCGCCCGGCCGCUCCCCCUUCUUCUGCUCCGAGCUCUGGGUCGGCUGGUUCGCGCACUGGGGCGAGCCCGCGCGGCCAAACCUGGCGGCACAGCGCGCGCGGGACGUCGCCGAGAGGCUGCGGCGCGUGCUGGCGGUCAACGGCGGCACCGGCUCGGUCUCGCUCUACAUGGCGCAUGGUGGCACUUCGUUUGGCUGGUGGGCCGGCGCAAACACCGCCGACGGCAUGUACUUGCCCGACACGCCGUCGUACGACUACGGCGCGCCGAUCGGCGAGGGCGGCGGGCACGGGCUCGACGAGGCGGGAGGAGACAAGUACGCGGCCCUGCAGAGCGUGCUGCUCGAGGCGCCGUCGGGCAGCGGGUCUAGCGUACCCUCGUCCUCGCCGUCCGCCUCUCGCCCCCCCUCCCCUCCCGCGGAGCCGCAGCCGCUGCGGGAGGAGCCGCCGCCGCCGCGCCGCCUCUCUUCCACGGUCGAGGUUGAGCUGCCCGAGGCGGUGAGGCUGAUGGAGGCGGAGACGCUGGCCGCGCUCUCGGGCGGGGGGCGCUGCUGCGACGAGCUGCCUCUGCCGAUGGAGGAGGUCGGGUGCGACUACGGCAUCGUUGUGUACGAGACAGAGCUUCCCGCGGGCGGCGGAGGGCCGCUGCAGGUCUCGCGGCUGCGGGACCGGCUGCUCGCCUUUGUGGACGGCGAGUUCGUCGGCCGGAUGUACCGGCAGCAGGGGUGGGGGCGCGCCGACCCAAAGGGGCUGCUGAUGCCGCCGCCGCGGCCGUACCCGCGCACGCUGCGGCUGCUCGUCGAGAACUUGGGCCGCGUCGGCUUUGUCGACCUGCCUUGGUUCUCGCGCACCUUUCUGCUCGACCAGCGAAAGGGCAUCUUGGGCGGCGUGUGGCUGAACGGCACUCUGCUCAAUCGCACCGGCCCCGACGGGCAGGCAGGCUGGCGCACCCACUGCCUGCCCUUUGACGACGCCCAGCUCGACGUGCUGCGCCGGCUGCCGGCGCGGCAACCGUCCGGCCUGCUCGACACCGCGGGCAGCGUGGCGCUCGGCGCGGGCAGCGUGGCGCUGGACGCGGGCAGCGUCGCUGUUAGCGUGGCUGGAGCGAUGCUGCACCUGGCGCAGGGCAGCGAUCGGGACUCGCCCCCGUCGCUGCCGUCGUCGCUGCCGUCGUCGCAACCGCGCAGCGCCGCGACCGCCACUUUUUACCGCGGCGCGUUCGAGCUGCCCUCCGCUGAUGCUGGCGCCGACGCCUGGCUCGCCCUCGGCGGCGGCUGGGCGCAUGGCACGGCGUGGGUCAACGGCUGGCACCUCGGUCGCUAUUGGCUGCCAGAGGGCCCACAACGCUCGCUCUAUGUGCCCGGGCCGUUGCUGCGCGAGGGUGGCAACGAGUUGCUGCUGCUGUCCCUCGACGUGGCGGAGGCGGAGGCGGACGGACAGCCGCGUUGGGCGCGCCUCUACCCCUCUCCCAACCACACGGGCGCACGCUCAGCUCCGCAAGAGACGGCCGCCGCCUCCUCGCGCCAGCUGCAAAUCUACUCGUACGCCGCCGCGUACAGCGCCACCAAGCUCACCUCCGCCAAUGCACGCCACGCUGUCGUCGACGCCUUCUCUCACCUCGAGGGCCUCUUGUCGCUCGGAUCCAAGAUCAUCCGGCUGCGGGCCCCGGCGGAGCCCGCCGCCCAGCGCCCGUCCGCAGCACCAAUCGUCGCUGCGAUCGCCGCAGCGGGCGCUCUCCUCGCGCUCGUGGCCGCCGCGUAUGUAUUUCGUGCCGGCCGCUUGCGGCGGCCGUGGCGGCGGAGAGAUCGCGCCUUGGCCCGUCGUUUUUUUCUUGUGUGAGGGUCACACCGCACGAUAUCUUUGACUUUGUUCGCACUUCGCCCUCACAAAAGUUCAUACCUUACCAUACCUUAUCUUAC